UGAUAAAUAGUUUUAAAUAUUAAUUAAAGGUUUAAUUCACUGUAUAUUUAUUGAUAGUUAACAAUAAUAGUGUUGUUUAACGAUCACAGACCACAUCUUAUACACAGGGAUUUAGUGAACUGUCAAAAACAUAUUUAUAUGCAUUUACUGCAAAAGUACCUAAAAGUGAAAUAUCGAACACAAAGUGAUGAGAAACUAUUGAAACUAAUGGACGGAUUGGAGAAUUUGCAUCAAUUAAGUGCCAUUCACUUUACCAACUACUCGGAGGUGCCGCCCGAAUACAUCGGACCUCUUCUCAGGGAAAUGCUCGACACAAGAGAGUCUUGUUGCCAGAAGCUCCCGGUUGCCCGGGAGUCUCCCGGAAUCAGGGAAAGUCUCAAGGAAUUCUUUAAAAAUUCUCAAGGAAUCUCCCGGUCUAUAUUAGGCCAUAAGAAUUGUGUUAUAUUCAUAUUUCCCACAAUAAGUGUAGCCUUGAAACUAGUGAUGCAAAUCCAAUGA